AGCACCCUGGUGAUCUACACCUCCGACAACGGCAUCCCCUUCCCCGGCGGCAGGACCAACCUGUACCGCUCGGGCAGCGCCGAGCCGCUGCUCCUCUCCUCCCCCGAGCACCCCCAGCGCUGGGGACAGGUCAGCCCGGCCUUCGCCACCCUCCUGGACCUGACACCGACCAUUCUGGACUGGUUCUCCAUCCCCUACCCUGCUUACAGCAUCUUUGGCUCGAGGCAGGUGCAGCUCACUGGAAAGUCUCUCCUGCCAGCCCUGGAGUCUGAGCAGCCCUGGGCCACCGCCUUCAGCAGCCAGAGCCACCACGAGGUGACCAUGUACUACCCCAUGCGGGCCGUGCAGCACCGGCAGUUCCGCCUCAUCCACAACCUCAACUACAAGAUGCCCUUCCCCAUCGACCAGGACUUGUACGUCUCGCCCACCUUCCAAGACCUGCUCAGGCGCAGCAGGGCGGGGCAGCCGACGCACUGGAACAAGAGCCUGCACCAGUACUACUACCGGGAGCGCUGGGAGCUCUUCGACUGCAGCCGUGACCCCAGCGAGAGCCAGAACCUGGCCCCCGACCCCCGCUACGCUGACCUCUUCCAGCUGCUCCGUGCGCGGCUCCUGAAGUGGCAGUGGGACACGGGGGACCCCUGGGUGUGCGCCCCCGAUGCCGUCCUGGAGGAGAAACUGAGCCCGCGGUGCCGGCCGCUGCACAACGAGCUGUGAGUGCCACCUGUGCCUGGGACAGUCCUGUGCUCCCGUGGGGCGCCAGCGCUCGGGGCGGUGUCGCGGAUGGGCUGGCCCCAAAGCCCGGGUGACACCGCCAGGCUCUGCCCCUGUGCUGCCAACACCGCCCGGCCCCAGAGCACCCAGGGGUUCCCGGGGCCUUGACUGUCAGCCAGAGGAGCCAAAGGGCCGAGCUGCCCCUCAAUAAAGCCUCUGGAGGAUGAGGUUCCAUUUGCA